UCCCAGGUCCGUGACAAAUCCGUCGUCACUGCGAAACCGAAAAACCCGAAAGGCUCCUUUUGCUGCUGCUGCUAUUGUUGCUUCUUCUGCGAAUCCUCUCAGCUUCGAGGCCAAGAAAAUGUCGGGCCGCGGAAAGGGAGGCAAGGGGUUGGGCAAGGGCGGCGCGAAGAGGCACCGGAAGGUCCUGCGCGACAACAUCCAGGGCAUCACGAAGCCGGCGAUCCGGCGGCUGGCCCGACGCGGCGGGGUGAAGCGGAUCAGCGGGCUGAUCUACGAGGAGACGCGCGGGGUGCUGAAGAUCUUCCUGGAGAACGUGAUCCGCGACGCCGUGACCUACACGGAGCACGCGCGGCGGAAGACGGUGACUGCCAUGGACGUCGUGUACGCGCUCAAGAGGCAGGGAAGGACCUUGUACGGCUUCGGCGGCUGAAAACGUUGUUUUCGGUCGAUUGCGGUCGUUUUAGGAGGGUUCUUUGAUAAAAUUCGUGAUGUAGAUGUAGUGCGUUUUGUGUUUUGGAUGAAAUGAACUUCUGGGUCAAUAUGUACGAAUGGCAUCUAUAUUUCGGUGAGUAGGAUUUCAGUUCCAAGUUCUUCA